GGUAUUUUCUAGCUCAACUUUGCGCUGGCCUGUUGACAUCCCGGAACUGCACCUGAUCAUCGCAUAUCCCAGACCACAACAGCAUUGUCUAUGAACUCUCUUCGUCGGCAAUCCGCCCGCCUAUAUUCCACAAUGUCUGCUUCAUACCCCACCUCAUCGCCAUUUACGCAGGCAGUGGUGAGCUCCAUGAGGAAGCUCUACCCCGAGUCAUUGGCUGAUAAGAGCUGGGACAACACCGGCCUCCUCCUCGAAGCCCCCUUCGACCACACCCGCCGACAGAAAAACUCCGUCCUCCUAGCAAUUGACCUCACCAAAGCAGUUGCAGACGAAGCAAUUGCCCGCCGCGCCUCCGUAGUCGUAGCCUACCACCCUAUCAUCUUCCGCGGCCUCAAAUCCAUCACCUUCAACGACCCCCAACAAUCAUCCCUCCUCCGUCUCGCCCAAGAAGGCAUCAGCGUCUACUCCCCGCACACAGCCAUCGACGCCACCCCCGGCGGCAUGGCCGACUGGCUCUGCGACAUUGUCACCGGCGCCAUCGCCCCAACCACCAGCACAAAGCCCACCAUCCAGAAAUCCUCCUCAACACACUACUCCCACGCCACCUUCCCCGACCCCCAGCCCGCAUCCCCCGCGACUCCCGUCCCUCACGUCCGCAACACAAUCAUCCCCUCUCCGCCCCCAGUCCCCGAAGGCAUGGACUCAGCCGGCAUGGGCCGCAUCGUCACCUUCGACGAGCCCCAGCCUCUCACUGCCGUCGUGGACCGCAUCGCCCAGGGCGUCGGAUACCCCGGUGGUAUUCCCAUCGCUAUUCCGCAGACCUCCUCGGUCGAAGACAUCGAGAUCCGCACUGUGGGUGUAUGUCCCGGAUCCGGAUCGAGUAUCUUGCUGAAGGGCACGGGAGGGAAGAUCCCUGAUUUGCUCUUCACCGGCGAGUUGAGUCACCAUGAGGCGUUGGCGGCGGUGGAGCGUGGGUCGGUUGUAGUUGCGCUAGCGCAUUCGAAUACGGAGCGUGGGUACCUGCGUGCGGUGAUGAGGGAGAAGUUGGCGGGUGCGGUGAAGGAGGAGUGGGAGGUGAAGAGGAAGGAGGGUUUGAAGGGUGGUGCUGCUGGUGCGGAGCUGAAGGAGGUUUUUGAGGAUGCGGAGUGUGUGGUGGAUGUUAGUGAGAAGGAUCGUGAUCCGUAUGGUAUUAUGAUUCGUCAGGUGUAGAUCUAGUCAUCUGCUUACAUAGUACAUCAAUUGAAGAUGAAUAGCAUAUACAAUAUAAAGAAAUGGAC